GAAAUACUGGAGGUCAGUCUCUUUAAGCAAUGUGCUGGUGCUUGUUUUGAAGUACUUUGGAGUCGUGAGGUAUGACGUCGUUUAGAGACAGACGGAUUAAAGGCGCUCAAACAGCAAACAUGAACGAGGAGAUUCCGGUUCAAAAAGGAUUUCACGUCCCACCUUUGACUGCCACGACAAAAGAGAGCAAAAAGAAAAGAAAAGACACAACAAGAGAGAAGAAGAAAGUGAGGAAUGUCGUUACCCAGUCAAAGGAUCCAGAGAAACUCCAGACUGAACAGUGGAUCAACGGAGAGAUGAGUGAUGCUCAGAGCAAAAGUCAUGUCAAACCCAAAGAGCGAAAGAACAGCAAACCCAAAAAUCCCAAGGCUGCACAAGAAGUGGCUUUAGCUCCAGUAGAAGAGGACAAAUCUGAUUUGUCCCACUUUAAACAGGACAGCUUGAGGUGGGAAGGAGCUCUGGAAGACCCUGCUGCAGAAGCCCAGCGGUUGGAGGUCUACAGAGCCAACCGGCGCAAACGCUACAUGGCAUCAAGGCAAGCUUUUCUACAAAACAAUCAGACUGGUUUAUGCAUAGACUCGAACUCGGAUAAACUAAAUUCUCAAAACAAAAAAGUUUUAGCGUGAAGGCGUUCAUUUUACAUUUGCUUAUUAUCAUGCUGAGUCAAUUUAAUAUGAGGAUAUUAGUAAAUAACUGAAGUGUGUGAAAGUGCUUUAGACCUGAAUGUGCAAAACAUUGUCUGAUAUGAAUACUAUGAAUAUUCUGCUGUAUACUGUGGCUUUACAUUUAUUUAUGGUUUUGUUAUCAUUUUGGUUAAUUUGUCUAGAUUUUGUAUACUGUUUGCAUGUUCUUUUUAUGUAAUGAUUAAUCCAGAACAAUAAUAAUAGUAAUUUAAAAAUAUAAACAUUGUUUUUAAUUAGAAUGAUUUCGGAAGGAUCAUGUGACACUGAACAGUAAUGACAGCAUCACAGGAAUAAAUCACAUUUUAAAAUGUAUUUAAACAGACAGUCACCUUCAACAUUACUAAGUACUGCCGUUCAACUGUUAUUGCAGAUAUCUAAUCAGCCAAUCACAUUACAGCAACUUUUAUUAUGCAAAAGUGUGCCUAAUAAUGUGGCCUGUGAGUGUAUAGUCAUUCAUUCAUUUUCCAUUUGCUUAGUCCCUUUAUUUAUCAGCGGUCGCCACAGCCGAAUAAACCGCCAAUUUAUCCAGAAUGUUUUACACAGCCGAUGCCCUUUCUGCUGCAACCUUUGCUAAUCUGUUUUUAAUCAUUUUUAUUAUUUGUUUUUAUUUUCUUAUA